CAGCUCAAAUGCAGAAAAUGUUUCACUUUCUGCAACAUCUUCAGUCCACCUCUGAGUGAUAACACAGCUGCAGCACCUCUUCUACUGCAUCAGCCUUAAGAUGGCCUCAGAUAUUUAUGCCAAACCAGAUUUCUCCAAGAAGGUCAGAUACAACAGAAAGCAGCUAGAAGACACAUCAGACUGGGAGGACUGUGAGGUGGAAAUCUACCACGAUGCAUAUGAAUCUUUGGAGGACACCACCGGGGUUCAGUCACCAGAACAAGCUCCACAAACAGAGACGUGUCCUAAAGUCCAGAAAAGGUUCUGCAGAGGUGAACAAUGGCGUCUGUUGGUGCUGUGUACAGUCCUGUCAGCUGGGAUCAUCAUUCUAUCCUCAUUCACGUGGGUCAACAAUAACAAUCUGCAGAUGGAAGUGAAGGAGCAAAAGAAUCACUCUGAAGACAUGGUGGUUAACAUUAACAAUCUGCAGAGAGAAGUGAAGGAGCUAAAGAUACACUUUGAAGAUCUUCUGUUAUCUUUGGAAAACAGACUGAAAACCAGAAACAAUCACCUGCAGACUGAACUUUCAGACAUGGCGGUCAACAUUAACAAUCUGCAGAGAGAAGUGAAGGAGCUAAAGAUACACUUUGAAGAUCCUCUGGUGUCUUUGGAAAACAACAGACUGAAAACCAGAAACAAUCACCUGCAGACUGAACUUUCAGGCAUCAACAAAACUCUUUUGGAUGAAAUAAAACAGCUGAAAAAUCAGAUUGAAGUCUUCAAAGGUAAUCGGUGUCCUGAAGGAUGGAAGAGAAUUGGAUGCAAUUGCUACUAUAAAUCUACUGAGGAGAAAGAUUGGCAUGACAGCAGGGAUUUCUGUAAGGAUGAAGGAUCUGAUCUGGUGGUGGUAAACAGCAAAGAGGAACAGGAGUUUGUUUCUGCAUUGAAUCAGAAAGCAGAAUCCUGGAUCGGUCUGUUUGCUGAAGAGUCAUCAGAUAAUUAUGAAUGGAAAUGGGUGGAUGGAUCACCACUGACAGAAACGUUCUGGGAUGAGAAGUCUUCAAAAGAUGCAAAAUCCAACAAUGCAGUGUUCUUAAGUGCUGACGGGAAAUGGAAACAACAAAACAGAGGAAACAACAAAAACUGGAUCUGUGAGAAAAACAUUUCUAAAUCUUUCUGUUUCUGAUCUGUGCAUUGAUUUAACUGUUUAGUAAUGUAACUACAAACAUGUUUUAUCUUUUCUAUUUCUUUUUGUUGACUUCUCCAAAAUAGUGCUUAAAGGAAGGUUGUAUUUUAGUUUCUGGUGAAUUGUUCAGAGAAAUGAAGGUGUCAUCUAUCAACAACUUCAUCACAUUUAAAUAUCAGUUAAAAUGACUCAGAUAAACAGGAAACUGUAAUAAAUGACAUGAAAACGAGCCAACUUAGAGCAGCAGUUCAGACUCAGGUUUGGUCUGUAGAAAAUAACAAA